ACACCUACUUGUGGCGACAACGUGUGAGGCGCACGCUGGUUGGCAGCUCCCGCAGUCGUGUGGUGUUUCUUUCUAGCAGACGGUCGACCCCAGCGGGCACAUGGUUCUCUUUGAUAUACUUUGUCACCCUCUCUGGGCCGUUUCCACGGCACUGCUGGGUCUCGUUGUACGCUUGCAGCGCAGAGCUCGCUGGGAUCCACAGUCGUGCGCCGUGCGCCUGGCUGGGAAGACAGCUAUUGUGACGGGAGCCAAUACAGGGAUUGGAAAGUUCAUUGCCCUGGACUUUGCACGGCGCGGGGCCCGUGUUAUCCUGGCAUGUCGAAGCGAAAGCCGGGGUACGGAAGCGCUUAAUGAAAUCAGGGAGAAAACGGGAAACUCGGACGUCCACCUGCGCCUGGUGGACCUUUCCUCUCUGGACUCUGUCAGGGAUUUUGCCAAGGGGAUUCUGGAGGAGGAGAAAGCUCUCCACAUCCUCGUCAACAAUGCUGCAGUCUCAGGUUUACCCAAACAGAUUACCAAAGAUGGGUUGGAGUUUUCCUUUGCCACCAACCAUUUGGGGCCAUUUCUUCUCACCAACCUGCUGCUGGACUUGAUCAAGCGUUCAGCUCCAGCCCGCAUUGUCACCAUCAGCUCGGUCAACCAUAAAAAGGGUGAAGUGGACUUCUCGCACUUUCGUGGCGAGAACCUGCUUGGUCACAUGGACCAAAUCUACAACCACACAAAGCUCCACAAUGUCAUCUGCACCAAUGAGCUGGCACGCAGGCUAAAGGAGACAGGUGUCACGGCAAACUCGGUCCACCCUGGUGUUGUCAUGACAGAAGUGAUGAGACACUAUUCUUUCUGGAUCCGUUGCCUCUUCAACGUCAUUGGGUUUUUCUUCUUCAAGUCUCCAGAAGAGGGCGCAGUCUGUCCAAUCUACUGCGCGGUAGCAGAAGAGUUAGAGGGGGUCACUGGGAAGUAUUUUGACAGCGACUGCUCCCUGGUUCUCCCUGCCCCUUUGGCCCAAGACGCCGCCCUGGCGGUCAAGGAUUUUGAGGUCUGCGAGAGACUGACAUCAAAGCUCUGAGACAGCUCUCUGGCAAGAUAACGGGAAAGGGGGUCAAAUUCCACCUCCUUACUGCACUUAUCCACUGAGCCGGUCUGAUGUGGGGUGAGGAGCUGCCUGUGAGGCCCUUUGCGGAGUUACGGACGGACAUAUAUGUUCUAUCAAAAACUGUGAAACUAACUGUUAAGUGUAUUAUUCCUUUAUGAAGAAGAAAUAAAAUAAGGUUUGUCACUUGCAA